AUGUCUUCAUAUCGUCCCAAUGCCGACUCUUCUAAGAGUCAGGGAAAUACAAACCUCCGUCGGAAUUGGUGCCCUAGCAAAAACCGACGCAAAGCCCUCGUGGAAGGGGCAGAGCCACGCCAUGAAGGUGAGCGGCUAUGGAUAGACAGCAGGCGUCGAAGGGAACUUGCGUCCUCUUACCGCGCCCCUUCUGCAACCCGGCGUCCCGAUGACCACCAGUCCAGCACGCACAGGGGACGUUCACGCAGCUAUUCUCGCCGUAGACCAGAGAGGCGGGACUACAGCAGCGGAAGACCCCAGGAGCGUGAAGAUUCACGACGGUACAGGGAUAGCAGGAGCCGGUCUCCUCAUUACGGUGAGCGGAAGAGGCAGAGUUCUCGCAGUGCAAGGUCCCGAGAGCGUGAAGAUUCACGGCGUCACAGGAGCCACCGCAGUCGCUCACCUCGUCAUGACUACGACCGGUCGGGCAGCUACCGGAUACAGUCACGCAGUCGCCCGCGCCGUGAACGCAAGAGCAGAAGCCCUCGAGAUAGAAGUUCACGGGGGCGAUAUUCACUGCGCGAUCGAUCCACUAGUCGACGGCGUUCAGCCCGCACCCCUCCUGCCCGCGCUGAGUUUGAGAAGUUGCAGAGGGAGGUGAAGAGACUUACAGAGCAACUGUCUGCAAAGACGCUGCCUCCGAAGGAUUCCAUCCAGUUGGAGACGGUAGUCCAAGACACAAGCCAGACCACUCAGGGCCAUGCGGCUGCUGGUCUGCAGUCAAUGGAGCCCGCUCUAGUUGGAUUCCAGCCUGGAUACUGUUCAACACAAGGCACCGUCGGCGGGGCCAACCUCUCAUUUGGCCCGACAUUGACCGAAGCCAAUCUGGGUUUCCAGGAUCAGAAUGUCUACGGGCAGCAGGAUCAUUGGUUUGCAGAUGUAUUUGGUCCGUUCCAAGGCCAACAGGUUCUUGCUCCAGCAAUUCCUAUGGACUUUAACAGUGGUGCCAUUCUAGUUGGAGCUAGUACUGCUGAAGCUGCGAAUGCUAGCUAUAGUCAAUGGCUUACUGCUGAGGGAGGGAUGCAAUUCCAGCCUGCAGCCAUUCAGGGAAGCCUUCAGGGCGAGUUUGGGGAACCCCUUUAUCCUGUGCUGCCAAUAAAGUGUGAGAUAGAGGAAGGCUUCGGGCAGAGCGGAUCGCUUGGAAGCGUGGAGCUUUCAUCUCUGUUCCCCCAUGACAGUCGCCAGGAUGGGUACUUCAAGAUCGAUACACCCGGUCCAUUGUUGGAACACAUUCCGCUCAAGCAUCUUUCUGGUCAUGGCAACGUCAACGAGGCUAACGGUGUGCAACAGACCAUCACCGAUGCCGAGCAGAAAGCGGUAUGCGAGGCGAACAGUGCGAAGGCUGCUGAGGAGGCAAAGGCACUCAAGGCCUACGAGGAGGUAGUGCGCAGUGCCUCGUCGGACAAUGGAUUGGCGAGAUGUUCGAUCGAGCUUCUGGACCACGAGAAUGUCAGUGCAGUGUUCCAUCUGCAUCCAGCGGAUGUACUCAGUCUCCCGCACAUCGAACGCAUUGAAGGGGAAGGGACGCAACGCAACUAUGCCUGGGCGACCGAUCGAUUGAUGCAGACUCUGCUUGAACAAGAACCAUCGAGACCAGGUGCCUGUUUAGCGCCUGCAGCUAUGCUCGAGGUUUACCUUCAUGCGAUACGGGAAGCCAUUGAUUCCGAGUAUCUUGAGCUUGGACUCGCACUGCCGUUUUCCGAUCUGCCUGGACCUAUAAAAACGGUCAUCUUCCCGUACAACCCAAGCGGAAGCCAUUGGGUUACAGUUGAGGCCAUCCUCUACCGUCAGCGGUCGAGAGUGAUGAUGAGCGGCAUCGGCUGGGCCUGCAGAUCAGGCUCCUGUGCGCGAAGCGUCCUUGGACUGCUAAGUGCAUCUCCAGACAACAUGCCGCUGUCGGACGCCUUCCUGUCGCUUCACGCUCCAAGGGGUGAGGAAACCCCGCAAAGGAAUACACAGUCAGCUCAACCUCCAAGCGAUGCGAUUCAUACCCCUCGUUCAGGGGAAGUCGUGAACACACAGUCGGCUGAGGCUCAAAGUGGAGUGUCUAGCGGGAGGAUUCACGCCCGUUGGUCCGAUGACGACGUAGCAAAGUUAAAGGAAGCCUUCGAAAGAGGCAUGACUGACAAGGAGAUCCAAGAGAAGAUUCUUCCUAAGAGAUCAUUAAGAGCGAUUCAGCUCAUAACCCGGACAAUGCGUCUUUUGAAAAUGCCGCGCUGA